AGCUGGGCAUGUUCAGACAUAUCCAGGCAGACCAGCCUACCAAACUCCCCACUGCGCGCUGUCAUUACGCACAGAUUGGACUUAGACGCAGACAUUAUAUGAAGCGCAUCAAACCGAUGUGUUUAAUGGGGGACACAUGACAUUGACUACAUGUGGGAUGUGCAUUUAAUGGAUUCAUCUCAAUGCGCCACUGCUGAAGUGUUUCUCUUAAAUUGAGCCUCUUUCUGAAGAAGUCGGUUCAGCGUGGCCAUGUCUCUUCCGGCCAAAGUGAUGAGAGACGGGCUGCUGGAGAAGCGCAGCAGCGGGCUUCUCCAGCUGUGGAAGAAGAAGCGCUGCGUGCUUACCGAUGAAGGGUUGCGCCUGCACAACUGCAAAGGCGGCGGCGGCGGUGGUGGUGAUGGUCCGGGCUCGAAGUGGAGCUCCAAAGCCAAGGAGCUCCGCUUUGAGCGCAUGGCCACGGUGGACUGCGUGGAGUACAAACGAGGGCUGGUGUACUUCACUGUGGUCAUGGCCACAGGCAAGGAGAUUGACUUUCGGUGUCCGCAGGACGGCGCGGCUUGGAACGCGGAGAUUGCUUUGGCACUGGUGCGCUACAAGAACCUGCAAGCCGUGCAGACUGGAAGGAACAGGCACCUGUCUACAGCGCACCUGGGCAGCACCGGAGAGGAUGAAGAGCUCUGACUUGGUGAAGCCUUUCUCGGAUAGAGCCUUUCUGCAACACUUCCUGUGAGGGAGCCAAUCACAGUGGAGAAGGGUAGAGGUCACCAGAUCAACGGGCUUGUUUCUGUGGUGCACAGCAAGAUGGGAAUUAUACAGAAGGUUCAUCUGUGAAUAUGGAUUAAAGGACUGACAGCAAGUGUUGCAGACACUCCUCUUGUCUUCCUACAUGAACUUAUUCAUGCUGUCAUACGGAGUUUAGGAAUCUCGUAUAAGCAUGGAUAAUGUUUUUUUCUGUCAUGACCUCAUUUCUUGAGGUCAAUGUGGAGACCUCUGCAUAAGGAAAAUAUUACAAUAUUUAAACAGAAACUAUGGAGCUGGGACUCUGUUUGCCGCUUGUGCCUUGAUAUAUCAAAAAUAUCUUCUAUUUUGGGCAUAAUAUCUGAAUAUUUUCUAGCAUUGCUGAAACAGGAAUCACUUUGUGUCUUCAGUCUUACUUUUGAUGGAAAUAUUUUGCCGUUUGACUGGCUUUGAAAGCUUUUGUUAUGGACUGAACAGAUCUGCAUGUUUUUCUAAAGUUUAACAUGAAGAAUAAGUAUUUUGCUCAUAUUCAUUGCACAUUGUAUUCUAUAUAUUUGCUGAAACCGUGUACAGUAUUACAAUCUUUGAAAAGAAAUAAUAAAUUUUGACUGUAAUCCUGAAGUGCUGACGUA